AAAAAACAUCCGUGUAGUUCUAGUAUCGUGUCCGUGUCAAGAACAACAUUGCUAAUCCACGGUUAAAUUUUUACAGGACUCCUGUUAAGUAUAUACGAAAUCUCAAUCUUUCGAGCAAUCCCUACUUCCUCGCAGGCCACUCUGUCGUCGCUUUUUUGAAAAGCGUGACAGUUGUGUGUUUCUUCACCCACACGUUUUUUUUUAUCGUUUUUUGCGUGAGGGUUGAAAAAACUAAUUUUGUUUGGCCCGAGUACAUCGAAAAAAACUCGCACACCAUGGCUCGGAUGGCCCCGGUUGAGGAGCAGAACGAGGCUCUGAAAAAGGAGCUGACCGAGCUUUCGGAAAAGCUCUCGGCCCAGCAGUCCACCGGGCAGCACCAGUACGAUGAGAUUUCGCAGCUGAAGGCGAAAAUCGUCACGCUGCAGAAGUCCGUCGACGCGGAGCUCGCGAAGCGGGAGCAGAUCGAGGCGCAGAACAUCAUUCUCGGAUUGCAGCUGAAAGACGACCGAGAUGGGAAUAAGAACAAGAAGGGGAAGCCCGCGAAACUGCAGCGGAACGAGGACGACGGGCAGCCGGAGCAGGCGGCCAAAGCCGCGACCAAAAUCAUCCGGACCGUGGAUCAGUGGCUCCGUCAGCGGGACUUGGAGCAGGCACUGCUGCGGGGGUCCGCCAUCUCCGAUAUUGGGUUUUCCACCUUGUCGCAAGUCCUCACCGAUUGCCCGAGUUUGCACACGCUCGACUUGUCGAAAAAUCAGCUGACCAUGGACUCCUGUGCGGACAUCUGCUAUCAAUUGCAAAAAUGUCUGGGUCUGGAAGAUUGCAACUUGUCAUGCUGUUUUUGGACUCUAAAAAGUUUUGUAUUGCAUGACCAGCAAGAGGGGCGCCGUUUGUGCUGCACUGACAGGGCAUUUCUCAUGCGGAACGUGCAUCAGGAAGCCCUUUGAAUGUUUGCGAUGCUAGGUCAUGCAUUACAGGCAUCAUGGGUCAUGAGAAAUAUGCAUGACAAAUCUUGCAUUUAGCUGCGCAGUCUGUUAAGCAUGACAAAUCUUGCAUUUUUCCAGACCCAGACAUUUUUGCAUUUGAUAUCUGCCAGAUCAUCACCACGUGCCCGAGUCUCAGUUACAUCUCCCUGGAAGCGAACCUGUUCUCGCUAAGGUCCAUCGGUUACUUCAUGACCGCCAUCAUCGAACGACAGAACAACAAAAAGUAUAAUAAAGUCAUGUAUUUUGAACUUGAAGAGCAUGACGUACGAUAGAACUCUGUAUACUUCUGUGUGAAACCUCACCCCGCAGAUUGAGUCAUGAGUAUAACAUAUGGCUUGCAGAUCGAUGUUGACAACCUUGUAUAUUCAUGAAAAAAUAGCAACUGCACCCUGAAAAAAUCCCUCAUGAAAAAACAACUCCUACACACAGCUUGACCCCGCUCGCGAUCUUGCAUUUGCAGGAUAACGAUGGUAUUCUGCAAGCGAUUGAUGGCGACGUGCAACCCACCUCCGCCGACCUGAAGAACUGGCCGAAACUGGCCACCCUGCCCGGCCCGGCGCCGGUGAUUCUGCUGGCCUUGUCCAAGGCGCUGUGGAAGUUUCUGCACGACACGGGGCACCCACAAGUGAAAUCCACGAAGCCGGACCAGGUGAAGUGGGGCGCGAUGGACGUGAACACGGUGAAGAAGAUGCAGAACGCACUGUCCAAGAUCCUGCUCAUUUCCGAAGACGACAUCAACGACAAGAAAAAGCCGGCCACGCUGACCGCGGACCAGGCCAUCAACCUGCCCAGUGAGGAUCAGUUGAAGUCGCAGGAGCUGUUGGAGCAAGGCGGGAAGAAGCGGGAAGAGAAAACCGCCGCGGGCGACGCCAAAGCGCUUGCCGCCUCCGAGGAGCACGCGGAAGCCGGCGCGGGGGACCAGGCGGGCAACAAAUCCGCCACGUCGAUGCAUCAAACGGGCAAAGCCGGCACGACCCUCGACGCCGGCAGCAAAGGAGCGGCUGGGUCCAUGGCCCAUGGUGGACAACAUCACGGAGCUGCGGCGGGUCACUAUCGCGGGGGCGUGAUGCAGCAGCCGCGGGAGAAGAUCACAACCUUCAACAUUCGGCAGAUUUUGACGAAAAACGGCACCAUUCUGCUGAACAAACUGGAGCAGUUAUCGAAAGGAAAAAUCCCCCCUCCCCAUAUCGAAAACGAAAUUUGUGAUGCUGUAUUUGAGGUCACAAAUCAGCUUUGUCAUGCUACACGGGAAAAGAUGCGGACUGUAGUGCUGGGUGGCGUGGGGGAGCCUUGCAUCUUCAGCAUGAUAGGAGGCAGCUGAGAGUGGGAAACAGCAUGACAAAUUGCCUGCAAACGAGACCACGACUGCGGCUCUUGGCCUUCUAGCAUGACAAGUCGAUUUGGUACCUCAAAUCCUGCAUCACAGAUUUCCAUUUCGAUAUGGGGAGGGGGGAUUUUUCCUUUUGAUAACAGUUACUCGACACCACCUCCAUCGACGCCCGCGACAUUGAGAGCGAGAAAACCCUGCUGGAGCACGCUUGUUUGACGGGCAACCUCGCGCUGGCGAAGCUCUGCUACCGCCGGGGGGCGAACCUGAACCUGAAAAACGCGAAGACCGGCGACAUCCCCUUCACCAUCGCGACCAAGCACAAACGCUACGACAUCAUGGAACUGCUGCACAUGUACGGGGUGCCCGUCACCGCGUCCGAUAGCAACGGGUGCGCGGCCAUGCACAUCGCCACCGCGAACAACGAUGUGGACGGUGUGUGUCGCCUGGUCGAGUGGGGUGCGGACGUGAACUCCCUGGACCGCCUGAAGCGCACGCCGCUGCACUUCGCCGCGAUCGGCGGCCACAGUGAGGUGUGCAUGCUGCUGCUCGAGCUCGGCGCGGUAUCCCAAAGAAAAAAGCUGGCAGGUCAUAUUUGUAAUGCGAAAAUAAAUACAGAUACACAAGAAAAUCUGUAUUGCAUAUCCGAAGCUGCAUGCUAUGGGGCCGCCCAUGGCAAGUCUUUCUGUGUAUUUAUUUUUGCAUUACAAAUUAUAUGCCCUGCCAGCUUUUUUCUGUGGGAUACGCGGACCUGAACGCGUACGACGCGAAGCAGUACACGGCGGUCGCGCACGCGGAAAACAACGACCACUUCCUAUCAAAAGGAAAAAUCCCCCCUCCCCAUAUCGAAAACGAAAUUUGUGAUGCUGUAUUUGAGUACACAAAUCGACUUGUAAUGCUAGAAGGCCAAGAGACCCAGCUGUGGCCUCGUUUGCAGGCAAUUUGUCAUGCUGUUUCCCACUUCCAGCUGCCCCCUGUCAUGCUGAAGAUGCAAGGCUUUCCCACGCCAACCAGCACUACAGUCCGCAUCUUUUCCCUUCUAGCAUGACGAAGCUGAUUUGUGACCACAAAUCUGCAUCACAAAUUUCUAGGUUGAGUAUGGGGUGGGGGGAUUUUUCAUUUUGAUACUUCCCGUUAAUGGACCGGUUGGUCGCGCUCGGCGGAAAGGGCCACGGUCUGCAGAAGGGCUCCGGGAGCGGGUCCGCCGCGAAACUGGGGGCGGCCAACGUCUCGGUCGGGGAGCUGAAGGCCUCCGCGUUGGGCCGGUUGGGCAAGUGGAACCUACAGUACAAGGAAAACUAAGUUGACGGUCGCUCUGCAAUCGACUGGUUUUGGUUCAUACGAACGUGCAGCAGUAACCAAGGAGCGUGAACACAUGGUGGGUUAUUGUCAACUUACCUAAAGUAAAUGAAAAUGUGGAACAGUUAGGAGCUAUCUGCUUAUGUUUCAAUAAUAUCGUCAUUAAGCUCAUCACUCAUGCUGUAGCCGUAGCGAAGUUUGCAAUUUGAGCAUUCUUUCGUGCGACGUGUAGUGUGAUGAGAACAACAAGUACAAGAAUUGCGCGACGGAUUUGUGUUGAAAAGUCUAUAAGGUUUUAAUAGAAACCACUUUGUUUGAAUUUGAACAUGAAAAUUUUACACUGUAUUGUCAUUGUUAUUUGAGACUUGUUUGUAAUUGUAUUUACGCAAAAUUUAUCAUUGUUACGAUUGGAUUUGGAUCUGAUACGCACGCUAGCGCUUUGAGGGCGGGCUUGUGGUGAUUUACUGCAAAAUUUGAACAAGAAUUAUCAUCCACUGUACAAGUUUGAUCACGCGUUUAUUCGUUUAUUGUUUCCGAAACCUCAUCUUCAAGAAAAAAAAAUAUGUGUACACUAUCUCCACGUCUUGCUCCACCUUCACAGCAUGAUUUACAGUGCCUGUAAUCUAUUAGCAUAUCACUCCUUGAAUCUGUGCGAAGAGAAGAGAAAGAG